AUGGUGGUUGCGUUGCAGAUCGUUUGUGUUUCAGCAGUUUUCUGUGGGGCCCUGCAUGCCGCCCCUACGGUCACGUACGACCAGAGGCAACAGGGCGAAUUCAAUGUGCAGGUGGAUGUGGACGAUGUGGCCAUAAUAUUGUUGGGGAGCGAAGAGUUCGCCCAGAGAGCUAUACUGCAAGGCAAUAAGGUGCAACAAAUAUUCGGGCGCCACAACGGUGUAAAAUCGAAAAAAAAACAUCACAAGAAACCGGUGAACUGCAGCACGAUGGCGACGGCUAACCCGGAAGUACCCUACAGCAGCGAGUCACCGCCAACAUACCUUCCGACAUCAUCGCAGGGAUACGAAGAACUGUACUCAACGUCAAGUCAAGACACAGUACAGGGCGGGGUACCUGUGGCUGCUGUAGCGCCCGUGUUUGAGAACGUUCCGACCGAUCUUGAUGGUCAAAAAGCCAUCGAGAGUCAUGCGAGUUAUUCUGAAGCUACAAUAACGCCGAGUGCAGCACAGAAUGCGUUUGAGAAAAAUGUCGAUUCGGCGGAUGAUGUCGCGGUAAACUCUUCUGAAAUGGUAGCCAUGAAAACCGUGGAAAAACCUGCAGUCGGUGCGACCGUCGAAACCAAUAAUAUUACAGAAAAGGCUGCAAUAGAAACAAUAGACAAAUCUGCAGAUGCAACAACGUUGCAGGCAUCAUCAGAGAUUUCGAACGGCGGUUCAAAGGCUGACAUAAAGACAGAUGAGAUACUUUCAACGAAUUUCGAAGAAAAUCCCGUAAGCAUAUCAUCCGAUGUAAAAAUAAUAGAGAAAAUUACUAACGACGAAACUGUUAAAAUCAACGAAACACCGGAAAAGAACACCGAAGAUAAAUCAUACGAAAUAACCACAGUAAAAAUAGUAGAAACUGUGGAGAUCGGGGAAGUCAAACCCGCCGAGAUGGUCGUAAUAAAAACUAUAGAGAAACCUACGGACAGUGCGAUAAGCGAGGGAAUUGUUGAAGAACCUGCAGUGGACGCAUCGCGAGUAAAUGUUUUGGACUCGCAAGUAGAUACGAAAACAACUAACGAGCCAACUGAAAUGAUCGCCAUGAAACCUGUAGAAAAACCAACAUUCUCCGAAGUCUUAAAGGUCGUAAAAAAACCUGCGGACGCUGCUGAUACAGUAAAAGCUGCAGAUAUCCAAACUAGUAUAACGACGUCGGUAGAUUUGAGCAAAAGCCCUACAGAAAUGGUCGCUAUGAAAACAAUGGAAAACCCACAAACUGCAGUAGGGCCAACAGAUACAAUAGAAAAGUCUGGAAUUACAACGAGUACAAAGCUGGUGGAGGUACAAGAAGACACAAAAAAGCAAAACAGUCCAUCGGUUGAAAAUAUUGUAUCAAGGUCGGCUCCGAAACAGACCGAAAUGGUCGCUGUGAAGACAAUGGAAAAUUCGGCGACAGUAAAAAGUGUGAUUUCCGUGAAAACUGUGAUCAAACCUGGAAUUCAAAAGUCUACACAUUCAUCAAACAGUUCCUUGAUCAUGCGUAAGGUAGGCGAUCGCAAACCGUUGCCUACAAUCACGUUAGAAGUGGCAACUCCAAAAGUAUUAUAG